AUACGUCAGACACUGCUGUCACGAUAAACAUUAGCUCCGUAUUUUUUGUUCUUUAAAAUUAAUUUAUCACACCGAGGGCAGCGAAACCAAGCUAACUGUGUAUAUAUUUGGUUUAGUGUUUGCUGACUGUGUUAUCUAGACUGGAAUCACAUUUAUUGUAAAUCUAUAAGCAAAUAAUAUAUUCUAAAAACGAAUUCAUCUGGUGAUUUUUUAGUGAUACAUAUCUAUCUUCUAAGUGAACAUAACUACAUUUAGUGCUUAAAAAUUAGUGAAACAAGAUAAAAAGACUUAAAUUUGAAUAGGGAUAUAGAAAUAGAAACAUUGGCUUGUACUUUUUUUUUGAGUGAGUGACGGUAGAUCGGUAAUAAAAAAAACAAAAUUCUUAACCGUUAAUAAUACAAACCUGCUUUAUCAAUAGAUUCUUAUUUUCGUUACUUGAAACGAUAAGUGUGUUGGUACAGUUUCGCUUACUGCUACUUUCAAAAACGAACUAAGAGUUCGUGGUUCGCUCCUCAGCGGAGCAGUGCACUUUUUGUCCUAAUUCAUUUCUUCAUUAAACCAAAACAAUAAUAGUAAAACGAGCAGAAACUGAAUAAGUGGCACAUAUAAAUAAACAGUUGAAUACUAUGUCUCAAGCAAGAAUAAAGCUGGGCUGUUGUGAUCGAUCAACGUCAUCAACUGGCACUCUUAAUUGUCAAUACUGCAAACUGAAAUAUCAUUUAUCAUGUUUGAAUGUUAAUAAAGUAUUAAAGGAUAUAUCUGAGGAGGACAGGGCGAAGUGGAUGUGUCCAGGUUGCUCAAGUAAAUUGCCUAAAUUGGACAAUACAAAUACACCUAUAAGAUCUAUUAGUUUAGCCCAGCAAGGCUGCGAAUCUACAUUAAAUAUCAACACUAGACGAGGAGGUCAGGUAGUGCCUUCAUCUACGUCCGGGGUAGCAAUAGACAACAUUCGACAGGCAGUCAGAGAGGAACUAAGCGACAUUCUGGAACAAUUCAAAAUAAAUUUGAUUCAGCAGUUUGAUUUUAAAAUAAAAGAAUUGCUUGACAGCUUCAAUCUGAUAUCAGAUUCUUUAACUGAAAUCCAAAAUCAGCAGGAAAUCAUUAACAAUGAUGUGAAAGUGAACUCUACGCGAAUUAGUGAGCUGGAAUCUGAAAACACAAUCCUAAAAAACACUAUCUGCGAUUUAAAUUCAAGAAUUAUUCGCAUAGAACAGCAUUCUCGUGCCAGUAAUUUAGAAAUACAAAAUAUACCAGAAUAUAAGUCGGAAAAUUUAUUCACAGUUGUUAAGCAAAUUGCUAAUAUUACCAAUUGUAAAGUAAAUGAUUCAGAUAUUCUUCUAUGCACAAGAGUUGCUAAGCUAAAUAGCAAAAGUCCAAGACCUAGGUCUGUUAUCUUGAAGUUUGCCUCACCGAGAUUAAGAGAUAAUUUUUUAGCAGCCUCAAUAAAUUUUAACAAAAAGGCAAAAAACGUGAAUGAUAAACUCAACACCAGCCAUAUUGGUAUAAGUGGUGACAGAAAACCAAUUUUUGUAGUGGAACAUUUGUCACCUACACAGAAGGCUAUUCACGCAGCUGCACGCAGUAAAGCUAAGGAGUUGAACUAUAGAUUUGUAUGGGUUAAGGGCGGAAGGGUAUUUAUGCGUAAAACAGAAACGUCAGAAUAUAUCGUAAUUAAGAAUAUUGAUGAUUUGUCUCAACUAAAUUGAAUGCUAAUUUUCAUGUGCCACUAUCGCGGACAUUGCUUUUUUUUUCUCUCUUGCAUGCAUGACGUUUGUUUUCAUCAUAUUUUUUUUUUUAUUGUUAUUAUUAUUUUUGACAUUUCUAUAUUCAUAUUUGUAUGUCAUCUGAUUUGUCUAUCUACUAUCAAAAUGUGCGAGGAUUAAAUUCAUAUGCGGACGAGGUACGUCAACAAAUACUAGGCAACAAUUAUGAUGUAUAUGUAUUUACAGAGACUUGGCUUAGCAGUGGAUUCUUUGAUUCUGAGGUUUUUGAUAAUAGAUAUGUCGUGUAUAGGCGCGAUCGCGAGACGUCUCCUCUGUCUGGUUCAGUGAGGGGAGGUGGUGUGUUGGUAGCGGUAUCUAAUAGACUGACUUCUGUGCGUGUUUCAGAGUGGGAAAGCGAAUGCGAAGAUCUUUGGGUCUCAAUUACAAGUUCUAUUAAACCGGGUAAAAAAUCAAGUUCUAUAAGAAUAUGUGCUGUAUACUUGCCACCACCAGUUACCAGAAAUAUUUUAAAGAUUUUUAUUGAUAAAGCCAAUAGAAUCUUGGAAUCAUGUAUAGAAUGGGAGUAUACUCUAAUUGCGGGCGACUUUAAUAUGAGUGGUAUCAUCUGGAAUCCAAUAUACAGUGACACUGAUUUAGGCUACACGGUUCCUUCAGGCUACGGCGAUCGUGAGCUCUUGUGCAAGUUUGUAGAUUUUCUUACACUUAAUGACCUUAAACAAUUUAACUCUAUCACUAAUGUACAAAAUAAAGUGCUGGACCUGUUACUGUGCAAUAAGGAAAUUGUGGAGGUCUCUGAGUGCUCAAAUCCUGUAAGAAAUAUAGACAAAUAUCAUCCAGCAUUAAAAAUUAAAAUAAAAAUCCCAACAAAAAGUAAAAAAAUAUCUAUACCCACCAGGCUUAAUUUCUAUAAGGGCGACUAUAAUGCAAUUAACUUAUGUCUCAAGUCGAUACCCUGGACUGAACACUUUGACUCCUGCAAUGAUGUUAAUGAGAUGUUGUCGAAAUUUUAUGAUUUAUUACAAGACACUAUUAAUUCUUACAUCCCUAUAACCAAAACACGAAAAAAUUCAUACCCUGUGUGGUUUUCAUCACACUUAAUAUAUUUACUUAAACAAAAAAAUAAAUACCACAGAAGAAUAAAAAAAUAUAAUAAUUCACUUGAUAAAAUAGAAUAUGAUUAUUUGAGAGGUGACUGUAAUAAAUUAAUAAAAGAAUGCUAUAAUAGAUAUAUUAAUGAAAUGGAAAAUGAGUUAAAAAAUAAUCCCAAAAAAUUCUGGACACAUGUGAAGGGUAUGCGUAGAAAUAGUUCAUCGUAUCCAAACACAAUGACCUUGAAUAAUAAUACUUCUUCUGAUGCUGACAAAAUUUCAUGUAUGUUUGCGAGUCACUUUUCUUCGGUGUAUGAGGAGGAGGAUAAUUGUGGAAAUAAUUUCACUCCUGUGAUGACUUCUCAAGUACUCGACAUGAUCGGUUACAUUCAUUUGACGCCAGAGGAAGUUAAAGGUAAACUUAAAAAACUAGACACAACAAAGGCUAUAGGCCCAGAUAAAAUACACCCGCUAUUUCUUGUAAAGUGCGCUGAUACAUUGGCUCUUCCAUUGAGUAUGAUUUUCAAUCAAUCUCUCGGUUCGGGCAUAUUUCCUGAUGAAUGGAA